CCAAGUCCAACCUACAGCUUUGCUAUAAAAGCACAAACCAGUUGGUCAAAACAACACAGAUCACUCAAGGAGUUCUCUGUGCUCGUACAGCACCUCUAUUCCUGUACAACUCCUGUUAUCUUGAGUCAUCUUUAAGCAUGUCUUUUGCAGUGGCAAUUUUGUUGUUUUGCGCAGUUGGCACUUGGGCUGAAGAUUUGACUGCAGCAGAGCAGUACAGGCCGUCAUACAAACCAGAGUACCCCGCCUACAAGCCAGCGUAUCCUGAGCCACAGUAUCCCUCAUACAGCAAACCAUCAUAUCCGUCUUACCCAUCUUAUCCAGCUCACCCAGCCUACCCCAAGUACUGUGACCCUAAAGCCGCUCCUAAAUGCGCUGAAAAUUCCACCGGUCACUGGUGUCUGACUGACGAGGAAUACCCCGUCUACGAAGUCAAGUAUGCCAUCGACUAUGAUCCUUUAGUCCUCAAGAAAUACGCUGACGUUGCCGACCAAUCCGCCAAAGAUUUAGUCGAUGGAAUCAGCAAAGAACAAGAAGAGAAAUUUGAUUACUCUUUCUACAAUGGCAAGCAAUUCGACGAGGGCAACUGGGUCGGCGGUGAGGGUUUCAUCUGCCCCAGCGACGUUGCUUAUUCUCGCCCCCUUCGUGCCAAGAACACUGCUGGCGAAUGGCGUGUCAUCGUCCAGGACAUCGCCUGGCCCACCUACACGCAGACCCAGCGGACAGAGACUUGCUUGUUCCCAGAAGCCGCUUGCCGCACCUUGGCUCCUUGCCACUUCAGCAAAUGCCUGCAAAAGCACACCGUUCAUCGCAUGCUCUCCUUCGACCCUUGCGAUGCGCACAAGGGCAUCUUCAUUGACACCUACAAGCUUCCAUCAGCAUGCUCUUGCCACAUCCCCGUUAAGGCAUAGGCCAAACAAAUUCAUCUGACCUUCUCACCGAGUUAUCCCAUAAAAAAUACCGGACCGUGACGGCCUCCAGAUAAUACCCAAAACGUCAAGUUAAAAGAGAGGGACUGCUUUCAUAAAAACGGUACCGCCAACCGUCCAUCCUCUCCAACACAGGGAUCGUUUUUUGUAUUCUCUGGACUUGUCUUCCAUCAAGUCAGUUGUUUCCUUUUCUCCGCCUCCCUAUCUGUCGAUAUCGUAACUACGAGUGACUGCGUCUUUUUGAAAAAAUAAAACAUAUUUAUGAAUAUA